ACAGGCCCAAUUUAUAAAUUCUUAAUUGGGCUUAUCUAAGCCCAAAUAUGAUUAAUCAGUUAUACCUAAAAGGAAGCAUUUUUAACGAACAGCAUACGGUUGGACUAAAGUCAGUGGUCCGUACAGUGUCCGUACAGCACAUGCAUAUUGUAUGUUUUUGAUACAUGGUUCGAUCGCACAUCAUCCCGUUUCUCCGCACGUUUUGUUCUUCUUCUACAUCGUCGUGGAACUCCCGCAUAGCACAAGCUGUCAGCCAUGGCGACGCUGCAAAUGCCCUCGUAAUUUUUCGCCACCUGAAGCAGCAGUCUUAUGCUAAACCCAAUAACUUCACUUUCCCGGUCAUCGCUAAAGCAUGUGGGAAGCUAUCAGACCUCCAAGCCUCGCGGAUGAUCCACGCCGACGUUGUCAAAACUCCCUACUCCUCGGAUAUAUACGUACAAACUGCGCUCGUCGAUGCGUACGCCAAAUGUACCAAUUUGGAUUGUGCCCUUCGCCUGUUCGACGAAAUGUCCCAUCGAGAUGUAGCCUCUUGGAAUGCGAUCGUCGUAGGGUAUGCUCAAAUAGGUGAUUUCGAUUGUGUUUCAGUGUUGAUUAAAAGAAUGAGGAGUGAUGGAAUCAUGCCCGAUGCUGUUACUAUAAUGGGGCUGACGCAAUUGGCAUCUGGCAUUAACCAUGGGAGCUUGUUGAGCUGUGUUCAUUGCUUGGGUAUGAAAUAUGGAUUGGGAGGCGAUGUCUCUGUUGCUAACACAUGGAUUUCUUGCUAUGGAAAGUGUGGAGAUUUAUGCUCGGCUGAGAUGGUGUUUUCUUGCAUCUCUAGGGAUGCUUUGUGCGUCGUCUCCUGGAAUGCUAUGAUAGCUGGAUGUGCUUGUUUCGAAGAUUCGGAGAAGGCUAUUGGAGUUUACCAGAGUAUGAUUAAUGGUGGGUAUAGGCCGGACGUGGUUACAUUUGUUAAUUUACUUUCGGCAAUUGGCGAGCCCAAGUAUCUACAUUACGGGAUGCGAAUUCAUGCUCUUGCAGUAAAAGAGGGUUCAAAUUUGAAUGCUACAUUGCUCAAUACACUUAUCUCCAUGUACACAAAGUGUGGAGAUCUUAACUCUGCAAGAUCGAUUUUUGGUGGGAUGAAUGAGAGGUCUCAUUGUUCUUGGACUGUUAUGAUUGGUGGUUAUUCAGGAAAUGGCGAUUUAGGCGAAGCAUUCUCAUUGCUCGACGAAAUGGAAGCUUCCGGAAAGAAGCCUGAUACAUUUACGGUUAUCUAUUUGAUAGCAGGGUGUGGCAAAGUCGGGACCCUUGAGUCCGGGAAAUUGAUUGAUAACUACACCAUGUCAAAGGGGCUAAAGAACAAUGUAAUGGUAUGUAAUGCAUUGCUUGACAUGUACAUGAAGUGUGGAAGCGAAGGAGAUGCGCAGAAACUUUUUCUUGCGAUGAAUGAGAAGAAUGUCGUCUCUUGGACAACUAUGAUAUCUGGAUUUGCACUGAAUGGGAACUUCCAAGAAGCAUUAGAUCAUUUUAAUGAAAUGUUAGAGGUGGGUAUUAAGCCAAAUCAUAUUACAUUCCUUGCAGUCCUUCAGGCCUGCACCCAUGGAGGUCUUUUGGAGAAAGGAUGGGAAGUUUUCGACAUGAUGAAAAGAACUUAUGGUAUAAAUCCCGGACUAGAUCACUAUGCUUGCAUGACUGAUCUCCUUGGGCGUCGAGGAAAGCUGAAAGAAGCACUUGAUUUUAUUCAAGAAAUGCCAAUGAAGCCAGAUGCCGGGAUUUGGGGCUCUUUGCUCGGCGCUUGCAAGAUUCAUGGCAGCGUAGAUAUUGGGGAACAGGCAGCAUAUAAGCUUUUUCAAUUACAACCACAAGCUGCGGCUCCUUAUGUCGAAAUGGCUAAUAUAUAUGCAUCACAGAAAGAUUGGAGCGGUGUUGCGGCUAUGCGCGUAAAUAUGAAGAGUAAGCAAGUGACGAAAUCCCCGGGGCAAAGCAUCGUAUUUGUUGAUGGAGUGUGUUGUUCAUUUACAGUGGAGGAUAGAUCCCAUCCCAAAGGCUUUCAAACAUUCGAGACGUUGGAUAGCCUAGUUUUGCAAUUGAAAAAUGAAACAGAUUUGAUUGCUGUUGAGGAGCUGGUGCUGUGAU